CGCAUCUCAAAGAACCAGAGAACAGGCUUGAAAUACGACCAUGAAAGGAAAUGGAGUUUUCGGAUCAAAGGGAGUUAGGCCACCGACUCCUCCUUUGGAUGGGGGCAGAACGUUUGAAAGGCAAAAUGGUACGAAUUACACAGAUUUCGACCAACCUUUGAGACCGUACCACGUGUUCAUUCACGACAUGGAUUCCUACGAUUCCAAAUUUUUGACUUAUUUCGUUUUCCAACCCAUCUUUACCGUCAUAAUUGUUCCGAUGAAUAUCCUACUGGUCUGGGCAUUUAUUCGUGGAGGCUUCCGCUCUCCGACUCAUGUUGUGUUGAUAGCGAUCGCCAUCUUCAACAACAUCCAUCUUUUGUCAAUAGCCAUACCUUCCUUUUACUUUUACGUUCUAGACUACGGUAAAGACUACGUUCCGUUUUCUUGGUGUUUACCCUUCAUGCUGAUGAUGAACAGAAUUCCAAAGAUCUGCGCAAGCCAGACCUUGUAUCUCACGGUACUUCUCGGACUUCAUCGAUACCUGAUCGUUAAAUUUCCUCUCAAAGUCAACACUAUGUUAAAAAACGGUCAAACGAUUUUCCUAGUAUUCGUUUUGACCGGAAUAGCUAUCACUUGCGACUUGCAGUACAUAGUGGCCGUUUCUGGUAUUUAUCCAUUGAGCGUCGAGUCCCUUAUCACACCCGGUACUAACGUCACUGGCUGUGCGUGGAAGACGAAACCAACCAUUGAUGUCAAUGCCGUCAUCACCGACAUUGCGUCAACGUUCCUGCCAAUCGGAGUACUGAUAAUCCUCACUGUCAUGUUUAUAUGGAUCAAUAUCAAGCAAAUCCGUUCCAUCAGAAGAUCUAGACUAGGAAAUUCGGACAGGGACACGCGGAGAAUGAUUGUCAUCACCACCUGCAUUUUGUCCUCAGUCAUUCUUGUUUCCGUACCGGAAGUCAUCAUCAAGCAGAUUCUGUUUACCCAUGGAAGACCGUGCAAAACGUGCAUCGUUAGUAAAACCAAGUUCACCCUCAUCAUGCACUGUCUGACCAAUCUUACAUUUGCCGCCAAUUUCAUUAUUUACUCGUGUCUGAGUGAGAAAUUUCGAAUUCAGCUCAAACGUAUUUUUUGCAUCAGAAUCUUUGCAACAUCCGGGUCGCACACCAACGGAACCUCAAACACCAGCCGAGUGGCUAAACAAACUCUGUCUGUUAUUUAGUAGUGUCUCAUAUUGUCAUUUUUGUACAUGUACAAAUGUAUUAGCACCUAUCAGGUAAAUUCAAAAUUUAAAUAUAAGUCUUCAAAUCAAGUUUGGGUGGGGGUUCGUGUGGUGAAUUUUUUUUUUAGAAAAAAUAUAUCAGUUGUUUACAUAUUCAAUUAUAUGUAUGCAUUAAUUAGGUACGGUGUUUGGCAAUAGAACACAAUAACUGAUAUUAUAUUUCUACAUUUCACGGCAAUCGCCAAAAAAAUUUAUAUGAAAUUAAUAUAAAUAUUGACAAUCCCAAAAUUAUCAAAUUUACAAAUGUGUGCCUGCGGAUCAUGAGAUCCACUUUGAAAUGAAUUUGAAAGUCUUAGAAUACCCGGCAUAAAACAUUAUCAUUGUACUGUACAGUAACAAAAUUAGUUCUAAAAAAGUAAAUGUUACAGUAAGAUGUAUUUGUAGUACAAUAUAGUUUUAAUUUACAAGAUAUAUAUGCAUGAAAUUGAUGUGUUUUUAUUUCAGUAUGAACAGUUUGUGUUGUUAUUUCAGUAUUGUAAUUUCAUGUUUGUAUCUAAUUGAAAGUUUGUUAUGAUUUCAAGUUACUUAUUAUGUUAAAGAGAUGGAACAGAGUAAUCCAAAUAGAUGAUGACCGUCUUACCAAAAAAAGUUUUCCUGUGGAGUUAUCGUAUUAAACAACAGCACAUGGUGCUCACAAGUGAAAGAAAUUCUAUAUAAAUUAGAUUUGUGUUCCUAUUUUGAUUUUAUCCGUAUUUGUGAUAUAAACGAAGUAAAACCUAAAUUAUUUAAAUACUAUGAAGACGAAUGGAAAUUGAAAACAAGGUCUCUACCGAAACUUAGGACAUACGUAACGUUUAAACAACAUAGAACCCUAUGUAACGAUCGAUGAACAUAACCAAACAGGAACGGUCUUUGAUGGCACAAUUUAGAUGUGGAAUCCUUCCUCUCAGAGUCGAAACUGGUCGUUAUCGAAAUGAACCUCUUCAAGAACGUUAUUGUGUUCUGCGUAAAAGCAAUUCGAUUGAAGAUGAAAAACAUUUUAUUUUUCAAUGCAAAUUUUAUGAAAAUAAUGGAAUCUUUUUCUUUCAUACUAUAAACUUAUAUAAAAAUCUAGAUGAAACUGUCAACUUAAAUAUCAUUAUGGAAAGAAGACAAAGACAAACUGCCAAGUAUCUCAAUUUGAUUUACUCAGUUAGACAAAGUUAUCUGUACAAAUCAAAGUAAACUCAUGCGCUCAAAUCAAAUGUAUAAUUAUACUAUAUUUGUAUAUUAUAAAAUUUCAAAGUGACAUAUAGGUCCAAUGGGCCGGGUGUAAUUCGAUAAUGUAUAAUAUUGUAUUGUACUAUACU